AAAUCCCACCGACAGAGCGCAAAUCAGCAGUUUUUCCACGCAGCCCCGCCACGAAGAUGUCCAGAGCUCAGAUGCGCAAAGAUCCCAGACACAGCUUCCUUCUGAGACCGAGGUGACAAUGGGUGGAGAGUUCCUCACAUCCUGAUUGUUAGAGAUAAGCGGCUCGCCUUCAACGCGGACUGACUGGACUUUACGUCAUAAUUCUAAGCUUUUAGACAAUCAGUGAAGGAAAAGAUGAGGAUAACGCGCAGUGCCGAACAUUUAAGUGUUCCUCUCUCUGUUUGGAGUCUGUUGCGUUUGCACUGUGUAGCGCUGCUGUGUUUGAUGUCUUUGCCAGUCAGGACAGAUGACGCCUGCCCGUCCUCUUGUAGCUGUGCCAGGGACUCGGGGACUGUGACCUGCUUACCUGACGGGGGACAUACUGAUCUACCUGCAGACGUGCCGACAUGGACGUCCACUUUGAUAUUAAAAGGCAGAAACAUUUCAACUUUACCUCAAGGUGCGUUCACCGUCAACGGCACCGAGUUGGGGAUGACGACACUCUCGCUUUCCUACAACGGGAUACACACCAUUGAGCCGUACGCGUUUCUAGGACUCUCCCGCUUACACCUCUUAGACCUGAGCCAUAAUCAUCUGGAGACCAUCUCAUCUAGGGCUUUUCAUGGACUACUGGAGCUGCGCUCUCUUUUUCUCAAUUACUCUCUUUCGGCCGAUGCCGCGGCGCAGCUUUCCGGUGCGCUCAGCGCGCCAGGUUUGCGUAACCUACACAGACUGGAGCUGGCGGGGAAUCAGCUAAAGUUUAUACCCAUGGAGAGGUUGGAUCUCUAUAACCUGCACGCUUUAGUGCUCAUAAAUAACUCAAUGGAGAACAUCGGGAGCGAAAACAUAUCCAGUUUGUACCAGCAAAGGCGCAUUCGCGUCUAUUUGGCUUUAAAUCCAUUUCGGUGCAACUGUGAACUGGAGAUGUUCUACUACUGGUUAAAGAACUCAUCGCAGUGUCAGGAUGCUGAACGGGUUAUUUGCCGUGAGCCGGAAGCGCGGAGGGGGAUCCCCGUGGAAAAGCUCCGAGAAGAGGACGUGGACUGUAUGAACGAGAACUUAGAGGCAGUUUCAUACGUAUUCCUAGGUAUAGUGCUGGCUCUGAUCGGAGUGGUGUUCCUAAUGGUGCUGUAUCUCAACCGGGGAGGCAUCAAACGGUGGCUCAAUAACAUCCGAGAGGCAUGCAGAGACCAAAUGGAGGUUUACCACUACCGCUAUGAGCAGGACUCGGAUCCCAGGUUGGCCAAUGUGGCUGUUUAACUCCCUGACAAAACAUAAAUCAGCCCAGUGCUGCAAUGGGGAAGGACAGAAAAGACAAUGAAUCAAGAUGUCUGGAAAAAAAGGGGAGAAAACUAGCGUUAAACCUGCAAGUCUCAGUUCUAAAUUCAGAACAAGGGACACGUGCAUCUCAGUAAAUUAACAUAUUAUUGAAAGUUGUAAUUAAAUUUGAAAACUGAAACAUAGAAUACACACAGGUAUAUGUUUCACAUUUAUUUCUCCUCAUUUUAUGAUUAUGGCUUUCAGGUAAGGAAAGUCCAAAAUUCAGUUCCUCAGACAAUUUAAACAGUUUUGAAGAAGACUGCUGACUUUACAGUUAUCCAGCAGACAGUCAUGUCCUCUGCAAGGAAGGUAAGCCACAAAAGUCCAGCACUAAAUGCGUUGGCUGUACUUGGAGUCCUGUAUUCCAACAUGUUUUUGGAAAGUUAAGUGGAAGGAUAAAGUGCUUUAGAAAAAGGUGCACAAGCAACAAGGAUAACAACACACAUAUAUAUCCAGACAUUGGCUACAGCAGUUCCUAGAGGCUCAGCUGGUCCUUUCCAGUGUGCUGAAAACAAGGAGGGGAUCUCUGUGGAACCACUCAGAACGGAGGAUGUGGCUUGGAUGAACAAGAACUUGGCAGUGGUGUCAUAUGUCCUUGGAGAGAUAUUUUUGAUGGUGCUGCAUCUCACCUGGCAAGGCAUUGACCAGUAGUUCUGUAACAUCCAAGAGGUGUGCAGGACCAGAUUAAUCAUCAACACAACCACAGUUAGCAGGACUCUGAUCCUAGGCUGGACAAUGUGGCUGUUUAACUAGGGUUAGUCCCAGGUUAAGAGGAGCACUAAGCAGAAUUCAGUUUGGUAUGACCACCGUCCGCCACAGCGCCACCGUGUUUCUUUCCACAUUGUGCAUGUAAGACGAUGUGUUUUAAAGUUAGUGAGCCAAAUAAGACUUCCCUGGAAUGACUUUCAGUCAGUUUGCAUUAUAUAUUAAAUACAUCGCAUUUGAUGUGAAGGGUUUUAGGAAAUGAACACUGUAAAUAGACUAUAGAGACUGAGUUAUUCCUCUGAUUUACUCAUUUGCUCUUGCAGACAUAUUCUGUGUAUGGUGACCCUGUGUAAAGCACUGGUUUAAUGUUGCCAUGCAAGACAAUAUAUAUAUAAAAAAAUUAAUUACUUCUAUAUUUUACAAACAGUUGCAUUGUCAGGGAGACAUGACCUGAGCUCAGUCAUAUGCAAAAUAACUCAAUAAACUACAGUGGAGACAGUAAAUUACAGCUUUUAAAUUAUUCUAAUGCGGUAAAUCUUUCAAAGCUUUAACUGUUUAGACAAUGGACCGAACAAUGGACACACACAAUUAUCAGCACUUCUCUUGCUUAACUGCACAGCAAGCAACAACAAAGUACUGAGAAAUGCAAUGUGUGAAAAUGCACGGGCUCUUGGGGGGCCCUUGCUGGCUUAGUGCACCCUAAGCUGUGGCUUAAUACUUUAGUGCCUUGGGCAAGAUUAGUGUUCAAUCCACUGAUUUAAGAAAAUUAGAAUCAAAAUUAUGACAAAAAAGGGAAACAAGAGUAUACCUAGCUUCUUAAAUGACUGUGCUGUUAAUACAUGUUGUACAACUUAAAUUGAAUAUUCUGAGGAGAACAUUACAAAGAAGGAUGCAAUGGAUGGAAAAUAAAAUGCCAAAAUAAAAUGGUGUCUCAGUCGCUGUUAUUCUUAGAAACAUAGUUUGCUGCAGGCUCACAAACCCCGUAGGGAGAACAAGAUUAUUAUGCUUUAAUUCUAUUGGUGGAGCAAGUAGAGCAAAUUAUGAGUGAAAAGAUGAUGUAACAAGACUGGUGCAUUUGUUAGAGUGCCACAUUUGUUGUAAAAAGUACAGCUGAAAUAAAAUUAAUCAUAAAUAACAAGAAAUCAUUUGUAGUAAUGCUUCCAUGGGUGAACAAAAGCAUCUCUAUUAUUUGAUGCAGGGUCAAUUUAUAUGUAAAAUAGCAAAGUAGAUAGAGAGAGACUUUUAUUAUACAAGUAACAUUAGAACAUUUUAUUUUGAAGAUAGUUGUGCUUAUAUCUAUAGUAAAACAACAUUUGUUAACUUCUCAUGACACCGUGCUUCGUAUUAAUGGAUGUCUUAUUUUAAAGCAGUUAGAACCAGGGAUAAGGCUGUUAAUAUUGAUACCACAUCUCAACUUUGCUUAACCCCCAAAAAAGGUUAAUUUAUUUAUAUGUUGUAGGUGAUGCCUUGAAGAAAUAUUCAUAGCCUUUUAUCUUUUCCACAUUUUGUCAAUUUGAAACCACACACAUUGAUGUAUCCUAUAGGGAAUCUAUGUGAUAUACCAGCAUAAACAGAUGUUUAAGUGGAAGGGAAAUUGUGUAUGGUUUUUUCAAUUUGUUUACUUAUAAAACUGCAAUUACAGCUAAAGGUCUAGACAUAUUUUUCCUCCUGAGUAAUGCAUCUUAGCUCCCCCAGAGCAGAGGUGGGUAGA